AUGGAAAAUAUGAAAACAGUAUUAAUCGAUUUACCCAUUAAGGAUACAGAACAAAUUAAUUGGACAAAAUCUCUAUCUUCCUACUUAAAAAAAUCAUAUGGUCAUGCGCAAUGGAAAUCAUUCUAUAAUUCCUCAUUAACUCAGGAAUUGGAUGCAUUAAGAAAUAAUGCUAAUAGUGAUUUAGCUAGUAACUCUUUGUUAGAUUUAAAUUAUAAAUAUGCCGCUUAUUUAGAGCAAUUAUCAUUAAGAAUAGGAAAUAAUUCAAAAUAUCUAAAAAUAGAUUUUACUUGGUAUGAUGCCCUUUAUUCUACAAGACCUGAAACAAAAUACACCCAACAAACUUUAGCUUUGGAAAAAUCUAGUAUUAUUUUUAAUAUAUGUUCCUUACUGACCCAAAUAUCUAAAGAAAAAAUGCAGGGCGAUUUUUCUGAUUAUAAGAUUGCAAUUUCCAAUUUGUCAAAAGCUCAAGGUGGUUUCAAAUAUUUAAGUGAAAAUUUUUUAAAUUCCCCAUCUAUUGAUUUACAAGCAACAACCACCAAGUUUUUAAGUAAUUUAUGUCAUGCCCAGGCACAAGAACUAUUUGUUUUGAAAUUAAUUAAUACUAGUGGCGAAAAUGUUGGCAAACAGGCUUCUUUAAUCAGCAAAUUGUGUUAUUCAUGCUCCAAGUUAUACGAAACAUGUGUCGAAUUUUACAACGAAGAAAAUGAUAAUUCCGCACCAGUUUAUGGAGAAUAUUCAUGGGAAGAUGUUAUUCGAUUUAAAAGUUACCUUUACAAAGCUUUGGCCGCUUAUAAUCACGCUUUGCAUUUGGAACAAGAAAAUUUGUUUGGACAAAGUCUAGCAUUUUUAGAGAUUUCCAAAGAACAAUUGACAAACUCCUUACCAUAUAAACUAUUUGUUGCUGAUAGUAUUGAUGUCGACUCAAUUAAAACUUUGAUCGAAAAGAAACAUUCACUUUUAACUAAGGACAAUGAUUAUAUUUAUCAUGAACCUAUUCCUGUUGAUGUUUCUUUAGAAAAAAUUAAAGCCAUGGACGCUAUUAAAGCACCGGAUUGGCUUAAAAAACAAUUAUUUGAUUACAUGUCUGAAAUAUCCGAAUCUGCAUCCAUAAUAUUUAAGGGUGUCGUACCAAUGGAAGUUUAUGAACAAGAAAGUAUAUAUUCCGAAAAAAAGGCCACUUUGUUGAGAAAGGAACUGGAUAGUGUACAAGCAGCUGAUUGGGAAUACCAAUCAUUUAUUGAAUUCACCAAUUUACCAAAUUUACUUAAUGAGUUACAAGUAAGAUAUAGGAAAAAUAAUGGAACUAGCAGUGAUAUGGAUACGGAAUUCGAUUAUAUGAUGAACCAAUUAAUUGGAUGGUCAACUAAAAUUCACGACUCACUUUAUCAAAAUAUAGAAAAACAAAGACAGUUCAUUGCUACAAAACGACAAGAAAUUAACUCAGUAUUAGCAGAUAUCCCAAAUAAGGACAGUACUGUAAAAUUGAGGACAUCUUUAAUUGAGGCUUCUCAGGCUGAUGAUAAAUUGUUUCAAUUGGUUACACCAUAUUUAGAUGAGAUUAACCUAUUGAAAAAUGAAUCAUUAUUAAGAAACACAUUUAAUAGCUUUAAGCUUGAAGAAAGUGAACCCAAUUUGUUAGAUCUAGAUGACAGUAAAAAUGAUCUAAUUAUAAGCAAAUUGAACACUAUCAAGGAAACAUAUGAAGGGUUGAAAUUAUUGAAAGAUGAGCGUUCGAGAAAUAUUCAAGAUUUAAAGCAAGAAAUGACUGAUGGUGAAAACGAUGGAAACAUUACACAAAUAAUUUUGGAGCAUCAAGGUAAGAAAUUGGAGCAUCUUUUCGAUGAAGUUUUAAAAAAAACAUAUCAACCAUUGAGUUCAAGAAUAGAAACUGGUAUUUUUAAACAGAGGAACACUAUAAAUGAAAUUAAAAUUCAGUUGGAUGAAUUAUUUAAAUUAACUGGGUUUCAAGAAAAGGGGAAAAAGGAAAAUGAACAGAGACUUAAGAGGAGUGACUUUUUCAAUAAAUUAAGUACUGCGAUGAAGAAUUUUGAAAGUUUUAGUAAUGAUUUUCCUAAAGGUAUAAAAUUUUAUAAUUCACUUUAUGAAAUGGUGUUAAAGUUAAAGGAAUCUAAUGUAUUUGUUGAUACUAAUUCCAAAAAUACCGCUAAUGAAUCUUUAAACCAAAGUUUUAGUGGCAUAAACAUUGGAACCGUUCCACCAGGCAUCCCCUAUAAAUCUCCAAGAGAAGCCAACUAUUCUCAACGAACAGAGUAUAAUGCAAUACCAACAAAUUCAUUUCAAAAUCAUAUACCCUCUAUUCCUAAAAGACCAAGUGAAUUAGAACAUCCAGGGUAUUUCCAACCAUCAAAAAGUACUACCCUUUAUGAUACCAAUACUUUACCCAAUAUUCCUGCAUUGCCGCCAAAACCAGCCAAACAAAACGUAUCAACUAAUGUACACGAUUAUUUGAAACAGGAAAGAGAAAAUGAAAGGAAUCCAACUUAUUUUUACAACAAUCCUUCGGUAUUUGAUGAGACCUUAUAUAACAAAUUUAGUAAUCCUAACAAUUAG